CGCAGGUCGACGCCGAAGGUGGCCCCGCAUCGCCGAUGCAUCGGCGAUGCGGGGCGAGCCUUCGACCCCAUCCAUCCAUAUACUUGGACCCCCAUCUGUGAGGCAUGGAGCCCCACAGCUGGCGCCCCCCGAGUAGGAGGCCGUCCUCGCGCACGGCCCAGCUCUGGGUGGAGUGCCACCCCUCCCCUCGCUGGAAGAGCCUGCACCGCACCGUCAGCACUGGGGACCCGUCCGUGCCCAGGCCCUCCGACCCCGAGAGCAUGAACUUCUUCCGCUUCGUGCGGGUCUCCUUCUCCACCUCCGGCGCGCCGAGCUCGAUGGAUGUGGUGUUCUCCCCGAAGAGCGUCCUGUCGGUCGCGACCAGCCAGCCGCCGUCCCUGCGGAUGCUCAGCCGGACGCCCACGGCGUCCACGAAGCGGGCGGCCCAUCCAGGCACACCGAGCCCGACAAGGUACGGCCGCACGGGCAGAAGAGCAACAUGAACAUUCUCUUGUUCGGCGUUUCGACAUUGGGCGGGAAGGGGGGGGGGUCUGGCUCUGGGCCUCGGCUGAAUGUGAUUGCGUGCAACAGUGCGUCCUAUGGGACAGCACUCAAGACGUCC